AUGGAAAUCGAUGUACAUAAUCGUCGUGAUCGACGAAGGCGACACGGUGAACCACGUUUACUUGAAAAACAAAUUCGUCCUGAAGUAUUUGAACGAUGUCUACAAUUUAUUGAUAUUGUUAUUAAUCAAAUUAUUUAUCAAGAAAAUAUUUAUCCUUCAAAUUUAUUUACUCCUCGUCAAAUGUAUCAUUCACUUGUUUAUCAAUGUAUUGAUAAAGAUAUAUCAUCAUAUAUAACAUUAUGUGUUGCAUCAUUAAGAGAUUUAUUUUCUCAACAAUUAUCUGAUAUGAUUUCAAUUAAUAUAAUUCGAAAUAUUCAAAUUCCAAUUAUUCUUCGAAGAUAUUUAAUUGAAUUACAUACUAUUCAUGAUCCAUGUUUACGUGCUAUUUAUGAUAACACAAAACAAUUAAUUAAUCAACUUGAUCAAACAUUUACUCAAUGUAUUCAGAUAAUUAAACAAAUAAAACCAUUAGAUAAUCACAAUUAUAAUAAACGAUGGACAUUUCAAUUAAGAUUAUGUCCUGAUGGAAAAAAUGAUAAAAGUAUUACGAUUGGAAAUAUUCUACGUAAAAAACCAAUUUAUAAAGAAUUUCUAUUAAUAAAUCAACAAUCAAAUUUAUUAUCCAAUAGUAAACAAUCAAUAAUAUCAUCGAUUAAAUCAUUACAUACUGAAAGACUUAAAUUACAAUUUAUGUGUGAAGAUGAUAAAUAUGAACAAGACAAAUUUCAACAAUCGAAUCAAUAUUUAUUAAAUAAUACAUCUAUUGAUCAACAAGAUACUGAUUAUGAAUCAGAUUCGGAUAUUGAUGAUCAUCAGAAAAAUUCCAAAGAAACAGACAUAUCUUCUUCAGUUAGAAAAAAAUCAAAUGAACCUGAACUUUGGCCAUUAACAACAACGAAUAAUCCUUCAAUUUAUACAAUAGAUGAUCAAGAUAUGGAUUCAAAUGAUGUCGAACAAAAAUCAAAUGAUAAAAAACGGCAGAAAAAGACGAAAAGAACUAUUAUUGAUACUGAUUUAUUAAUUGAUCGUUAUAAUUUAACACAAAAAGCUAAUCGAGAAAAUUUUGAUACUCGUCAAUAUUCAUCUGAGGAUGAAGAUCAACCUCAAUCGCCUUAUUCUCCUGAUAAUAUUUGGCAACAAGAAGAAGACGAUGAGGAUGAAGAUCUAUGA